AUGAGAGUCCUGCACCCAAUAGGCUCGGGAACGUGGAUCUUCCCGCAGAUAUGGAGCCGCAGGCCCUUCACGGUCGCGGUUCAUCGUAUCCUGCUCGGAGUAUCCGCCUAUCCUGCUGCGUUCCAACACCAGCGAGCAAGGGCACUUGUCCCAACGAAUCACGACCUGCCGCCGUCUGCGGCGUUCCUCCGGGAGAACGUCUCGGCCACACCCUCGCCGCACUGGCCCUCUGCUGAACUCCUGAUGCGUAGCGCGGAAUCAUUGGGCAGGGUUAUCCAAUCUGCUACUAAUCACGCUUUGGCAUCUGCACUUCGCCAUAUUCGAUCAUCCGAGUGCUUACUUCUGCAGAGCACGAGGCACCAGCGACGUAUGCCCUCGGGUUGCGAUUGA